GUAGCGUGACCCUCUAGUUAAAAAGAUUUUCUUCUCCUCUGCUGCUGAAUUAAAACACCUCAUGAACAGCAGCAGAAACCAACUGACUCCACCAGGGAGAGGAGAGGGUGACAGAGGCGCUGCUGAUACACAUUUAUUAGUCAAUAUCAGAUUAUCACAGUAAUAUCAAGGGAGACCCCAGGAUCAGGGCUCAUUGCGUUAGGCAACGUGCAGUCCAAUGUGCGAAGCAUCCAGGUGCUGCAGGUUCAAGCCAUGGAUGCCAUGUCCCAUUCUACCACACCUGGCACAAGGGCAAUGCCACAUUCCGUCCCGCUGCGUCCCAGCACAGGGCCAUGGGGCCAUUGGGGGCAAUGCCACGUUCCAUCCCGCUGUGUCCCAGCCCAGGGCCGUGGCGCUAUAGGGGCCAUGUCACGUUCCGUCCCACGUCCCAGCCCAGGGCCAUGGGGUCAUCGGGGGCAAUGUCACGUUCCGUCCCGCCACGUCCCAGCCCGGGGCCAUGGAGCUGUCGGGGGCGAUGCCAUGUUCCGUCCCAGCCCGGGGCCAUGGAGCCGUCGGGGGCCAUGUCACGUUCCGUCCCGGCCCGGGGCCGUGGGGCUGUCGGGGGCCGUGUCACGUUCCAUCCUGGCCCGGGGCCGCGAGGCCGUCGGGGGCCGUGUCACGUUCCGUCCCGGGGCUGUCGGGGGCCUUGUCACGUUCCGUCCCGGGGCUGUCGGGGGCCGUGUCACGUCCCGGCCCGGGGCCGUGGGUCCGCCGGGGGCCUUGUCACGUUCCAGCCCGGGGCCGCGGGGCCGUGGGGGGCCGUGUCACGUUCCGGCCCGGGGCCGCGGGGCCGCGGGGGGCCGUGUCACGUCCCGUCCCGGGGCUCUGGGGCCGGCGGGGGCCGUGUCACGUUCCGUCCCGGGGCCGUGGGGCCGGCGGGGGCCGUGUCACGUCCCGUCCCGGGGCCGGCGGGGGCCGUGUCGCGUUCCGGCCCGGCCCGGGGCCGUGGGGCCGGCGGGGGCCGUGUCGCGUUCCGGCCCGGCCCGGGGCCGUGGGGCCGGCGGGGGCCGUGUCACGUUCCGUCCCGGGACGGUCCGAUGGCGCCGCGGUGCCGGCCGCGUCGGCGCAGGGAGGGGGGAGCGUGUGGCGGCCCCUCCCCCACGGCAGGGCAGAGGGCGAGGCUCAGUGAAGCCGGCACGGCCGCCCCGCCAAUGA